AUGGUACGGAACUACGCAUCGGGAAAGCUUAUGCAAGUGUCCCGCCGCUAUGUUAAGAAGUUUGGCACACCAGAAGCUGGCGAAGAGCUCACUGGCUACCAAGACUUCUCUCAGCUAUGCAAGGACCUCGAUGCAGUCAUCAACGUCCUCUGGCUGUCUGGCACCCCAAGCCUCCAAAUCCAAAUACUUUUGCGCAUUGCCAGCGAGUUCACAGAGUAUGUACCCGCCUUUGCGCCUGAGCCAGAUGCUACCCUCCGGCUCCUCAGGAAGCUGGACCACUGCUUCGCAAGCCUCGCCAUUGGCCAGGAUCUCAUCACCAUGGAGGCCCUUCCCGGCUUCGAGGCAGGCCUCGUGGGGGCAUGA